GCUAGAGAUUUUUAUACUACACUCGUAUAGUUGACCCUAGGUAUUAAUAAUUUUUAAAAAUAUUUUACGUGUGUGCUAUCAUUGCUGCGUAUACGAUACGUUGUGGUUUGGUUCUGUUGUACUCUAUUUAUAAGAUUACGAUUUCAGCGUUAGCAAUACCUGCUAUUGACAAACAAGACAAUAAUGAGUAUAUACUGUGGGUACAAAAAAAUAAGAUUUUUUAAAAAAAGCGUACGAUUUUGGUCUUAUAGUCUACUAUUUUUAAAUUACAUUGUAUAGGGUUCAUAUAGCGAUAGAUUUUAAAUAAAUCAACAAUAUGGCAGCAGCAGAUAAAAUUUCGCGUCAGGGAAAGCACUCCAUUCCUAUUGAAAUAUUGGACGAUCUAUGCAGCUUUUUAACAGCCGAUUCAUUAUCAACCUGCCUCAAGAAGACAGAGGCAACUUAGUUCGAAUCUGCUUCCAAAUUGAGUUGGCCCACUGGUUCUAUUUGGAUUAUUAUUGUACAGAUGAGAGUAAGAAGCUCAAUACAUGUGGUAUUCGGGACUUUGCAGCACAUAUAUUUCAGCAUGUCCCACAACUACGAGAGCACAUCAGCAAUCUUGAUGAAGUUUUGGAUAACUGGCGUGAAUACAAACAGACAGUACCAACAUAUGGAGCUAUCCUCCUAGACACUGAACUGUCCCAUGUGCUGCUUGUGCAGUCUUACUGGACCAAAGCAUCAUGGGGCUUCCCUAAAGGCAAAGUGAAUGAAGAUGAGGAGCCGUGGAAGUGUGCUGCUAGAGAGGUUCUUGAGGAGACUGGAUUUGAUAUAAGCAAUUUAAUUAACAAACAAGAUUAUAUUGAGGCAAUGAUACACGAUCAAAUCGUCCGCUUAUACAUCAUUGCGAAUAUACCACGCGAUACAAAGUUUCAGCCGCGAACGAGAAACGAAAUAAAGGCUUGCGAAUGGUUCCCACUAGCUGACCUACCCGCUAACAGGAAGGAUAUGACACCUAAAGUUAAAAUGGGUGUCAGCCCCAAUGCAUUUUUUAUGGUAUUGCCAUUUGUUAAACGAAUGAGACGUUGGGUAGUAGAAAGGAAUCUAAAAGUGGGCAGAAGAACGAGACACAAAUCAAUGGGUGACAUUGAAUCGUGCAAAACAAAGAACAAAACCAUCUCACAAGGUCUACAGAACGAAAUACAGGAGUAUCAGCAGAGUUCUGGGCACAAAUAUACAAGUAAUAAUCAUGGCAACCAUUCAAAUACGAAAGCGAAUGGUAACAAUGGCGGCGGUCUUAAAAAGGGCGGGAAAAUGACAAAACGUCAACUUUUCACUCCACAAAAUACAUAUACAAGUAAUUUCUCCCCCGUGCUAAAAGAUAACAGUCCAGCGGAAGAGAUUGAAGAGAGCACGUAUUUGAACUUCGUCGCGCCAUCUUGGGCCAAUUUUAAAUUUGAUAAACGCGCCAUCUUGGAAUGUCUGACUUGAAAAUUAAAUAUUGUGACUAAUGUUGAUCUCACUUCUAAAGACUUGUUUCUUAUAGGACAAGCUUUCAUUCUUUGUUAUUGAAAUUAUAAUUUUCUGACGUA